UCUCUUAUCAAUCAGCUUUCUUUCUCAUCAAUGGCAGCUGCAAAGCCCAUUCCUUCUCUCAUUUAUCACCCAGAAAGAAUAGGGUUUUUGGAGCUAGUCCUCCUCCUCUUCUCUAGAUCUAAUGCAAACCUAAGCUUUGUUGAUCCUGAGUAUGAAUGGCUCUUCAAAGAUGAAAGUGGUGACAAUACAUUCUUAGUUAUUCUCGCUCUAAUAUUGAGAAAAAUCCUUGCUUUUAUCAGUCAACCCUUGAAGAUCUUUGGUGGUGCCAUUGAGUAUGGGCUUAAUCUUUUGUCCAUUAAUGGUGGUAUCCUAGGCUUGAUCACAAACAUAAUUGAAGGAAAGACAGUAUUGCCGGUUCCUGAAUCGGGUGAUUAUCGGUCGAUCAUUUCUCUUGUUGACGGAAGGGAGGAAUUGUACAAAGACUCUCUCUACUCUCCCCUCCCUUCCCUUGAAGGAAACGAUGCCAUUUUCAGCGAGAGACGUCUCGUGGAUCUUUGCAUGAAGGCUUCAAAGGUCGCCUACGAAAACAAAAACUACAUCCAACGAGUCGUCAUCAACGUGUGGAACAUGCACCUGGUCGGGGCUUUUGACUUCUGGAAUGCUUUUCAGAAGGAAAAGAACACCCAGGCCUUCAUGUUUUGUGACAAGGCAAAAGACAUAGAGGCCAUUGUUGUGGCCUUUAGAGGGACUGAGGCUUUCAGUGCUAAGGAUUGGGACACAGAUUUGGACCUCUCCUAUAUACAGCUCGGUUCACUGGGCCGCGCCCAUGUCGGCUUCCUGAAGGGCCUGGGUCUCACCGACGAAAACGAUUACGUGAAAGGAUUGCCCAUAGAUGAUGAGAGAAUAGAUAAAGCACUGAACCCUUUUGCCUAUUACACCAUUAGAGAGAAGCUUAGGACGCUUCUUAAAGAGAACCCUAAAGCAAAGUUUGUGGUCACAGGGCACAGUUUGGGUGGUGCACUUGCAGUGCUCAUGACCACAAUAUUGCUAUUGCAUAAGGAGGAUGAAAUCAUGGAGAGAUGUUUGGGUGUUUUCACUUUUGGGCAACCAAGAGUUGGGGAUGAAGAUUUGAGUGAGUUCAUGGACAAGAAGCUGAAUGAGCCAACAAAGAGGUAUUAUAGGGUUGUUUAUAGGUAUGAUUUGGUCCCAAGGGUGCCAUUUAGUGAACUCAUCUCCAACUUCCAACACUCAGGAGAGUGCCUAUAUUACAGGAAUUGGUACAACGGAAAAAUAAUGGAUAAAAUGCCCAAUGCAAACUACUUUUCCUUGAAAUACUUGGUGUCUCACUAUUUCAAUGCAUGGCUGGAUUUCUUUUGGAGCUUUGUACUAUGGCACUUUGAAGGCGAGGACUACAAAGAAGGCAUUGCAUCCACAGUCUUUAGAGCGUUUGGGUUCCUUAUACCAGGAAUUGCAUCUCAUAGUCCUAGGGACUAUGUUAACUAUGCCAGGUUGGCUAAGCGAAAGAAGUGGCAGUUAUUGGACUAUUUUACCCCUGCUUCUUCAAUUGAGGGGACCAAGUUAAGUGAGGAGGUCAAAAGCAUGGUUGAUUAUGUUUUUUAGAAUAUUUGGGUGCAAAUUCAGGGUUUAGUUGAAAGCUGUCAUUGUAAGGGUAAAGUUGGUAUUUGAAGUUUUUAGUGUGGGGUGAAAUAAAGCUUUUGAAUAAUUUUAGAGA